AUGGGACUCUUAGGUUCAAAACCAGUAAGGGUGCCUUUGGAGGUCAACAAGAAGCUUACAACAUUGGAGUUUGACACUCAGUUUGGUAUUGAAGAUGACAAAGUUCUUGAUGAUCCUAGUGUAUAUCAAAGAUUGAUUGGAAAACUUCUCUACCUCACCAUGACUAGACCAAAUAUUGCAUUUGCAGUGCAAUGCCUGAGCCAAUUCAUGCAUUGUCCUAAGACAUCAUAUAUAAAGGCUGACAUCAAAGUGAUCAAGUAUAUCAAGCAAUCCCCAGGCAUGAGGAUACUAAUGUCAGCAGAUGUUUCCUCUCAACUCACAGCCUAUUGUGAUGCUGAUUGGGACUCUUGCCCUAAUAUCAGUAAUUCUGCAAUUCAAAUAGCUGCUAAUCCAGUGUUUCACGAGCGCACAAAGCAUAUUCAUAUAGAGUGUCACUUUAUUCGCGAGAAGGUGCAACUUGGACUUGUUCAUCUUUUACAUCUUCCUUUUUCAGAACAACAGGCAUAUAUUCUUACUAAGGGUUUGGGUGUCACUCAACAUUAUUAUUUUCUUUCCAAGCUAGGCAUGAAGAGCAUCUUCAUGGCUCCUAGCUUGAGGGGGUGUGAAGCAAUUAGACAACUGCCUAACUGA